ACUGACAGUAGUACAUUUAAGAAAGCUCUAAAAAUAUACAGCGUUGUACAACACAUUCGGAGCCUGACCUUAAAUGUUUGCUGGUUGACAAAGUGACAAAUUAGACCGCAGAAAAUUUAUCUUACUUUAGCUAGUAUAUCUGAGUUAAUUAAUUCUUAUUUUCUAAAUAUGAUAUUUCAGAGUAAUAAUAUCAUCCAAAGUUGCUCGUUAACUUGUUACUUAUUGUAUACUUCUGUUGCUUUUCACUCACGUAUAAUUAUGAGCCUUUUAUAUCUGCAAAGAUAAAUUCAAUAGAGUAUCCGAAUUUCCAUGAAGACUAAAAGCUCAACAAAGUCUUGGUAUGCUUUUUGCUCUUUUUCAAUAAAUAGUGCUACACAUUACCAAUAUCAGAACAGAAUGAAAUUUGAAGCGCCUGGUCUGAAGAAUAGGCUAUUGGUAUACAAAUUGCAUGUAACUGUUUCUAAGAAGAACCACCAAAGACCAUCAUGAGUUUUUCGUGGCAAAGCUUCACAUCGUGUCAUCUUUUGUUAGUUUUUUAUAAUUUACCAUGUAUAAAAAUCCCAUUUCUACCAUACUUCAUAACUUUUGUUGUUUUCAUUAGCUGACAGGGGAUUACACUACAUGGUAUAGUAAGCAGUGAUACAUUCGAAGCUUUUGGAUAUAAAAACCAUCCAGUCAGCCACGUGGGGUCCAAAUUUAUUAUCUGGAAGAAACGUAAUGUAUUAAACAUAAGUAAAACAAUCCAAGAAUUUAAAGGAAACAUAACGUGGUCCUUCAACAUAUGUAAGUGGUAAAAUAUACCAAUUGAUAGGACUAGAGUAGAUUGCAAUCAAUUUUUAAGACUCACUAAUAAGAAUCCUAUUGUUUCUUCAUAUAAACUGAUACCCUACGCUUUGUUUGAGAGUUAUUAAUCUAAAGCUAUUGUUGAAACAAAGUAAACAUCUACCGGUCGUUAGUAAAGCUUUCUGUUUCCAACAACCGAUCCGGCAGUACAACAUAGUAAACAGACAAAUCUAUACACCAUGUAGAAGUCCAUCAAAAUUCAAACACUCACCAGAUUAUAUACAUACAUUAUCAGACUACAAUACAAUCUACGUGGGAAAUUACAGUUUACAUAUAAUCAAGCCAUAAGUGACAAAAAAUGAAACAUAGGAUGAAUAAUCAAUUAGCAAUAUUUGGGAUACAGCGAUGCGUCCUGUGACGGCGUAUUUUACGACCUUAUUUCCAAAUGAAUUUCACCGAACUACAACAAUUUUUAUAUGCCAAAUAUUUUUAUACGAUGAAAAGUUAUAUUUAAUCGAAUUUUCCCAAACGUUUAUUGACCAUUGGAAUGUCAACUAAAUGACCUCAUUAGUGUUCACAACGUAUUCCUAUGUAUAGCAUUGAUACAGAUUUUGGUCACCCUCACUUUCUACGUCUAAUGGAAAUGAAUGGAGAAACAAUGAAAGACGAAAGUCUAUGCAGUCUCCUGGCAUCUAACAGUUCAUUUGGAAUAGAAAGCAACAACCGCAAUGUGAAUUCACUGCUAAAUAUUGCUCAACUGCAUGAAGAUAAACAGAACAAACUUCAAAGCGAAAACUUAGCGAGUAAUUUUUCAUUAAGACGGAACAAACCACAAAUUAAUAAACUUGGGAACCGAUCAAGCAGAUCAAGGACCAAAGGAAACAUCAGUCCAUCGACAUAUAAUUGCUCAAAACUUGAAACUCAGAUCAAAUCCCCAAAAACUCGAAACCGGGCUGUAGCAUAUGGAGGUGUGGAUCUUAAUCAAUUUCCGGUAAAUCCAAUACCCAAAAGCUGCGUAAACGAACCACCUAACCUUCCGAUUUCAUUAAAUGAGUCGAUUAGUACUUCGUGUGUAAAGCCGUCAUCAAAUAAAACAAUAAAAACAUGCCUCACUCCGGAAAUGGCAAUGAAGUUGUAUUUUCAUAAACUUAGCGCGUACGAACACCAUGAAAUAUUGAACUAUCCUUAUGUAUAUUUUGUUGGACAUAAUGCAAAGAAAAGAAACGGAAUUUUAGGUACAGGAAAUAAUUGUGGUUAUGACGAUGAUCAGGGAUCCUACAUACAUACUGCACACGAUCAUGUUGCCUAUCGUUAUGAGAUUUUAAAAAUACUCGGGAGAGGUAGUUUUGGACAGGUUGUUAAGGCUUACGAUCAUAAAGAUGGUGUUUAUGUUGCACUAAAAAUGGUGAGAAAUGAAAAGCGUUUCACAAAUCAAGCGACUGAAGAAAUCCGAAUUCUUGAACAACUGAAAAAGCAGGAUGUAGACAAUACGCGUAAUGUCGUGCAUAUUUCCGAACACUUUACUUUUCGUGGUCAUGUUUGUAUAACAUUUGAACUGCUAAGCAUAAAUCUAUAUGAACUUAUCAAACGAGGUAAAUUUCAAGGAUUUCCUCUUCAGUUAGUAAGAAAAUUCGCUCAUUCAAUUUUAGUAUGUCUGGAUAUGCUGCACAGAAAUAAAAUCAUUCACUGUGAUUUAAAACCAGAAAACAUCUUGCUUAAACAACAAGGUAGGAGUGGGAUUAAGAUAAUUGAUUUCGGUUCAAGUUGUUAUGAAAGUCAGCGUCUAUACACUUAUAUACAAUCAAGAUUUUACAGAGCUCCGGAAGUGAUUCUCGGGUGUAAGUAUGGUCUACCGAUUGAUAUGUGGAGUUUUGGAUGUAUAUUAGCGGAGUUACUAACAGGUGCUCCUAUAUUUCCAGGAGAAGAUGAAGGAGACCAACUUGCUUGUAUAAUAGAAUUGCUUGGGAUGCCGCCCCAAAAGCUACUGGAUCAAUGCCGAAGAGUGAGAAAUUUUUUCUCAACGACUUAUGGAUACCCAAGAUACUGCAUGGCUAUGGAUGCAAAUGGCUGUGUCGUACUUCGCAGUAGUAGUACCAAAAGGGGUAAAAUUAGAGGUACUCCUGGAAGUCGGUCAUUAGUCACGGCCCUUAAAGGUUGUGAAGAUACAGUUUUCCUUGAUUUUAUUAAAAAGUGUUUACGAUGGACACCAGAAGAGCGCAUGACUCCACGAGAGGCUUUUAAACAUGAAUGGCUUCGCAGGAAACUGCCGAAACCCCCUGGAUUCAAGAACAUGUCUUCAAGUGUAUCGAACCCUAACACAAUGAACAGAGCCACCCAUACUACACAAUUACCACCUAAUAUUUCUACAACUAUUAAUACUGCAUCCAACACAACCACGACAAUUACAGAUAAGACAUCUGUAAGUUUAAAACCCUUUGGGAAAGUUCAAAGUGGUGUUUCAAAGACCGCACGUGUUAGUAAGUUAAAUGGUGAAGGGUGUGUGCAUCAAGUUGAAAAUAGUUCUGUUCACGCAGCUGUUUAUAAUUCAUGUGAUUUUACGAAGGCUACAGCCCCAUGUUCUAUCACAAGUACGCCUUUAGCUACAAGUGAACCGAGAUCUAUUACAUCAGUUAGUAAAUCUGCAAGUCAAAUGUACACUAACUCUGAAAUUAACCCAGAAAAUAAAAUAACAAUGACAGUCACGACGGAAUCACUUCAAGAUGUAGGUGAAAGAAUACUCAUAAGAAAGAACACAUUAUGUCCCGAUAACAUAAGACAAUCUGAACAUAAAGAACGAUAGUGUAAAACUCACAACUAGGUGAAAUUAGGUAUACACUACUGCAAUUUUCGAAUAAGUUGAUACGUCCUCCAAAAUUGAUAUCCAGAAGUUUUUCUUUGAACGGAUAUUUGAGAAUAAGAUAAAAAAUAAUUCGCUCUACUCUUCUAACUUUAUUUUGCGUAAAUUUUACUUUGAUUUUCUUUUCUAUAGUUUGCUUCUACCUGGGUGUAUUUUGACGAUUAUUUUUAACAGUAAGAGAGUUAGUUCAAUAAUCUUAUUCACACUUAUUUUUUCACACAUUUGUUAUUUUAUUGAUAAGUAAUUGAUGGCAAUAGCAACAGUGAUAAUAAUAAUUAUAAUUAUAGUCAUGAAUUAUUAUGUUGACUUAUCUGUACAAAUUUACUCAACUUUCAUAUGUACUACAUACAAAAUUGUUGAGAUGUAUCCCAGUGAUAUUUUAAAAAUCUUAUGCUGGUAGUGAAAACCAAACCAAACAUUCAGCUUUUGUUAAUAUUUUAGUUUUUUUAAUUUCUGCAAAAACUGGAUGAUAUAAUAAAAGUGUUAUUAAUGAGAAUAAUCACUAAUGUGAAUUAAAGACAACUUCACGUAGCAAAACACCGAU